UAAUGAUAACUAUUUGCUCUUGCAUCUCAUCUUGCUUGAUUUUCUUUUUGUAUUUCGAAGAUCAGUUGUCAGUGUUCACACAAAUGUCAAAUUUGUCAAGCUGUAUAACUUAGAGUAGCUGUUAUAUUUUUCAGGAGUACGAUGAAAGCAUUUUCACUUCAAUAUCCAUAUGAAUCCAGUUUGAUAAAUCAAUAGUGCGAAAUGAAUUUUUUGAGCAGUGGCUUGUCCCGCUACGGUGGCGUGACUUGUUUGGCAACUCCAUGUUGCCGUUGGGUUUUGAAGUCGUCACAGGUGAUAACAAUAGAGGAUGUUUGGAUAAAACAAAAUCAGUGCCAUGGCAGAAAAGUCGACCGAUUUCCAACCAAGUUAUGCCCUGGAAACCUUCGCGUUGCAUCUUCCCCGACUAUGUGGACACAAGUUAGGUUUACUAAGGAAUAUCCUCGUCUUCAUCGUGAUAUAGAUUUUCCCAACUUUGAUACUUAUAGAAAAGAAAAAUAUAAAGAUGUGAGAAAAACUGAUUGGGGACAAGGUGAUGGAAAACCUGGAUAUACAUAUGUGGUGGGUAUCUUCGGAAUACUUUGUGGAUUUUAUGGGACAAAGGCGCAUUUAAUUCAUUACGUAGCAUUCAUGGAUAUGCCGUUAGACGUUCUUGCGCUGGCAAGUGUCGAAGUGGACAUUGGAAAAGUAGUGCCAGGAACUACCAUGACUGUUAAAUGGCGAGGUAAACCUCUAUUCAUAAAAAACAGAACAGCGGCGGAUAUCGCAUAUGAAAGCAAAACACCAUUAUCUUCAUUACGUGAUCCAGAAACCGAAGAACAACGAACCGUAAGAAAGGAAUGGCUUGUAGUGAUAGGUGUUUGCACUCAUUUAGGGUGUACACCCAUUCCUGAGAGUGGUGACUGGUCUGGAGGGUUUUAUUGUCCUUGCCACGGUAGUCACUUCGACAAUCUGGGUAGAGCUAGAAAAGGUCCUGCUCCUACUAAUUUAGUCGUACCGACGCACAAAUUUGUAUCUGACACUGUAAUACUUGUAGGAUAAAUUUAAUGUACCUACCACUCUCUGUAUUUUUUAGUCAUUAUAUUUCAUAAUGAAUUAAUUUUUGUAUAUUUUAGAAUUUCAUAUUUUGUAUAUCCAGGAAUUUUGUUAACUACUAAAUGGAUAUGAGUAGAUAAAGGUGCAUCCAUUAUAACCCGGCAAGAGUACUUACACCAUAUGAAUGGCAAGGUAAACCUUAAUUGUUUGGACACACUUGAAGCGACAGAGGUUGUAACUGUUAUAAAUGUUUUUUUGCUUUCUGUAUAUUAGAGAUUGUGCAUAAAAACGAGGAGACUGGAUGCACAGCUAUCCGGGAGACGCGUGAGGGAAUUUUCACGCCCGCAGUUUUUAUAAAAAUAAUAUAGGUAACUCUUUGCUGUGUAAACUUGGAGCGGGUCAGGCAUAGACUAAUUUUAUUUGCGUUGCUACGGAAGAUGUUUUAGUGCCUAUUUUGUGUCUCCGUUUCGGAAACUCGAACGGGUCUCUCGGACAGUUGUGAAACCAACAUUAAACAUCUUUAUUUUGUUUUUUUACACAUGAACUUUGAUGGUAUAGCUCCAUACCGUUUACUGCCGACAGACAUACUUUGUAGUUACCUUAAAAUAUAUUGAUUAACUGAA